UGUUGUGCGGCAUAUUUUAUAAAAUCAAACACACCAUUACAGUGAUUCGAGCCUUUGCUGGGGAGAAGGAAUGUAAAGGAAUGCGACGUGGUAGAGCACUGAGAAGGUUUGAUAAAGAGUUAGCAAAGGGGAAUUACAAAGCUGCUCACUCUCUGUUGAAGCAAUUACAGUACAAGACUGGUGGCCUACUUGGCUUCGGUUCUGCCAAAUUGGUGCCUAAAAGAUUACCAGCAAUGAAUGGACAAGAACUAUGUAUGGUUGAUGAAUCUUUAGUUGACUCAGUUCUGUGUUCAAUCAAAUAUAGCAUCGAGUUUGCUCUAUCAGAUGAGGAGGUCUUAUUAACGGGAAUGGAAGAUGAUCUGGGGAGUGAAAGCGAUGAUUCCCCUUAUGAAGAUCAUCAAAUGUGUUUGCAACAUGAGGCUGGCCAUUUUCUGGUUGGUUACCUGGUCGGGGUCUUACCAAGAAGCUAUCAAGUACCUAGGGUAGAAGAUAUAACACAGGACAAGUUUGCUCAGGGAAAUGUGCAGUUUCUUGGCUUUGAAUUUCUCAAAGAAGUUGAUAUGAGCACUAUCUCAAGCAAAAGCUUUACCCAAGGCACGGAAAACAGGGCCAAGAUCUCAUCCCAGACUUUGAACAGGUUCUUGUGUGUAAUACUAGGAGGGUUAGCAGCGGAGCAACUGAUAUUUGGAUACUCAGAAUUACUUCACUCAGAUGUUCAAAAGGUCACAUGCUCAUGAGGAGUUGAGUAACUCUCAAAAAAUAACUAGUCUUUUUUCUAUAGCAGACUUUGAACAGGUUCUUGUGUGUAAUACUAGGAGGGUUAGCAGCGGAGCACCUGAUAUUUGGAUACUCAGAAUUACUUCACUCAGAUGUUCAAAAGUGUGCAGUUGGACAGAGUGCUAAGUUGGUUGUGCCUCAAUGAGAAUGAAGCUAACUCUCUGGUAAGACGGGCUGUACUUACCACUUUGUCACUAUUAAGUCAUCAUCACGAGGCUCGAUCAAGACUAGCAGAGGCCAUGGCUUCAAGAAGAUCCAUCGGUUAUUGUAUUGAUAUGAUAGAGAGCACUUUGUGAGACCAUAUGGUUUAGCCUAAAUGAGUCACUGACUUGGGGGACCAUAUCAUUUUUAACUCAACAAGUUCCCCUUCCCCAUUUUCUUGGAGCAUCAGAAUACAUAAGAGAGGUUACCUAAUUCGGGAGACUAAAUAAUGCUACUCUCCAAUCUCUCAUAGAGCAUUAGAAACUCUAUUUAGUAAGUUUCAUUUACCCUAGUUGAAAUCACCUGGCCCUGCAAUGCAGUGUUAUUGGGAAGUCCUUUAGAAAGAAGAAAAGGAAAAGUAAGGUCCAGUGGUCUAGAUCAGAAGAUCACAUGUAAUGCUGAAUGUUUUGCUUAGGUCAAUUAAGUCGAACAUUAGAAUAUUAUGCUGCAUGUUGGGCCUACUCUGUUUGGUGUUCACUGGUGAUAUUACUAUAGAUGCAUCCUCGUCGAAGAGACCUUUAAACUCUGGAGUUGACUUAACCAACAAAGCAAAGCGGUCUCUUUCUUCUCGGUCUAUGUCAGUUGCAAUCUGCAUCUCAAGUUAUCAUGCAUUUUCGGAAUGGAGAAAAACAAAAAGGAAAGAGAUGGAGCUCUCCGUCUUUUAACACUUUGGACUUGCUCCCUAGAUAGCAAGAAGCAAACAAGGGUAGUUUUUUUAGUUAUUACAUAUCGUCCUUAAUGACGUUACUGAUAGAUAGGUUAUUGAUCUGAUUGUGUCAUUAGAUUUCAGUUCAUUGUAAGUUAAUAUGAUAAUAUCAAGCUCAACUUGUAGGAUGAGAUAUUGUAUUUGAUCUUGGGAUUAUGUUCUGUGUUUGUGAAAAUAAAUCAUUUUUGGGAUUUCAUUA